GAGUGGACAGGCAAAAUGUUAUUUGUUAAUUAUAUUUUUGUAAAUAUCGUAUAAAUGAGUGAAUGUAGAAUGUAGAAUGGGUGGCUGCAUCGGAAUAACUAGGAGUAGAAGCGGGCCCAUUGAGGAUUCAUCGGGUACUGUGUCACGGCCUAACUCGGGCGGUCUACGGAAGAACCAGUCCCUGUGUCACGAAACCAUACGGUGGAAGUCCGACGUGCCUUUAACGGAAGGGCAGUUGCGGAGUAAGCGAGAUGAGUUCUGGGACACUGCCCCUGCUUUCGAAGGUCGGAAAGAGAUCUGGGACGCGCUGCGAGCAGCGGCGGUAGCGGCGGAGGCCACGGACUUCCAGCUCGCGCAGGCCAUCCUCGAUGGUGCUAGCGUGUCUGUGCCGAAUGGAUACCUUACUGAGUGCUAUGAUGAAUGGGGGACCAGAUACCAGGUGCCGAUCUACUGCCUGUCGGCGCCGCUCAACAUGGUGAAGGAGGCGGGCGGGCGCGACUCGCCCGCGGAGUGCUCGGAGCCCGUGGACGGCGGCGCGGCGCUGGCGCUCCGGCUGCGCCUGUCCAGCGGCGGCGCCGACCUGGAGCUGCCCGUGUGCGCGCGACACACCAUCGCGCACUGCAAGGCCAAGCUGCAUGCGCAGGAGAGCAUCUCGCCGUGGCGGCAGCGCUGGUUCUACGGCGGCAAAUUGCUGGGCGACAAGUUGCUGGUGGAGGAGGCGCGCAUCACGCCCGGCUACGUGGUGCAGGUCAUCGUGGCCGACGCGGAGCCGCGCCCGCCCAGCUAGUCGCCGGAAGAACCAACCAAUCAAGGAGUACCCCAGCGCUGAGCUGUUCAGGACCGCGACCCGAUCGAGACUGGCUUCACACAUAUUCUAGACACUGUAUCAUACUCGUAGGCUACGUACGGACUGUUGGUGUACACGCUAAUAUAAGUCAAAUUUUAGUCAUAAUUUUAUUUAUAUCAAACUAUAAUUUAAAUCGCUGGAUCUUAUCUUAAAACCACACAUAACACCAGCAAGUUAAAGGUGCGGGCUGGGGACCGAACUGUGUCGUGUUCAUUGACUGUGCAAAAAGGGAAGAACUGUACAGUACUUCCACUCUGGUCACUUAUGUAAUAAAAACUGCCUUGCCUUUAAUCACAUAGACUAUGAUGAUUAAAACAUACUAAUAACUGUAUGUAUAUUGAAUUAAAUGUUUAGAGUUAAUUCAAGCUGUUGCUGGCCCCAUUUAACCACAGUCAACAUAACGAUAACGAUAUGAUAACUAAAAUAUGCGCGUCGUGAUAAAUAAUUGACACUCGAUGAAAUAAGAGUCCGCAUCGUGGUAGUUAAAAAUCAUUUUUUUCUGUCUCCAUUGAUUUUAUAGGGCCUAGCGAUUUAAUUUAUGGACAAAAUAAGGUACACAAAAACAAAUUUUUAUUAGCAACAAAAACUUUAAGGCGUAAUCAUGCUUUCUACACGCAAUGAGACCGGUAACCUUGUAAUUUCUAUAACCACAUAAUAAGCGACGUGCAUUUCAAACAUGAGUUGAGGCCUUUUUUUACAUUUGUGGUCUUUUAACUCGUUUUUUAAAUCUUUAAAGUUUCGCCACAUUUUGGUAACAUGUCAAAGUCGAAACAAAAAUGUGCUACAAGAUUUGCUCGGUCGCAAUCGAAGAGUCGUUGACGAGUAUGGAAAUACCUGAGCAUCGGAGUAAAAUGUAUCUUAUCUGAAUAGCAUUAAAGCUGAAAUUUGCCUAAAACUAUUAGCUAUAAAAACGUUUGUCAAACAAAAAUCAGAAGUAACGACAGAUUAACGAUAAAGCCGAUGUGAGUCGAGUUGUUUACUCGAAUCUGCUAUUACGAGGGUACAAAACUGAUGAGAGUUUAAAGUCGUCGACGUGUCAAAAGUGUGUUUCCGCCUUAUUUCGGUUUUCACAAAAAAGGCGCUUAAAAGUGUGUAACUAAAGGUUUUCUAAUAAUAUGAUCACCUUAUCACGUGUGUCACUCACUUACUCGUUUAUGGGUGGUUUAUAUAUAUUAAAAAGAAUCUUAGAAAUACAUCUAAAUAUUUAAGUUUCAGUUACCUACGCAGCCUAUGAGCCUUUUUUGGAAACACCGCCUUAACUCUAUUCUAAAUGUACAGACUGAAAGUAGUUGCGUCCCUGUCACAAUAUAUUCAACAAAAAGGACGGCACUAUUUUUAGUUCUGUCGUUUUAGUUUAGCAUAAUAACAGAUGGUACAAAUGAAAUCAGUUUUGAUUUGCUUUCUGGAUUAAAAUAAAACUUAAAAUGACAUAAAUUGUAUUCGGAUGUCGCUUGAUAUAGAUUAAGAGCCCGCGACUACUAGAUCAACGAUUUUCUUCAACUCAAUUUAAUUGAUUAUACGCAUUACUCAAACCUCUGAGGUUUUUUAUCACGAUGGUAUCACAUUAUGGAAAUAGAUGCUAUAUUGGGUUAAAAUUUGGUGAAGGUCUUCCGAAAUAAAACAUGAAACUUAACAUCUGCGUGAAAGUCACUAGAAAUAAGUGCAAUACAAAACUAUUUGUACUCUAGUAAACAGUAGCAUUUUCAAGCACACUAUAAAUCAGUAAUAAAGAACAUAUUACUUGUCUGCUUCAUGAAAUUCACUUGAAAAUGAUACUGUACUACUACUGUACAAUUAAACUAAUUGUUAUUUAGUUGAUAUUGCUCGUUUUGAAGGCAUCAACCUGCAUCUCUGGAUUCCAUUUAAUGGGAUUAAGGAACUAGUAUACUCGGUAUUGAAUCAGAAAUAAUCCAAUCACUACCAAUAAGAAGUUAUGCAUAAAGAUUAAUAAAACUUACAAAAAUUGCAAUUCGAUUUCGGUUGGCAAUCUCCUUUUUUUCCUUAAACAAGGCGUCUGUACAAUUCGAAUAGGUCAGGCGGUCGCGGGCUCUGGGUCUAUAAAUAUAUAAUAAUAGUUUCAAAUAUUUAGGACACUGUUAAGAUGGAGCGAUGGACCUAAAUGACCUAGUUCGUGUUUAGUAGUGAGCUUUGUACCUAGUGCUACGAUACAAGUCUGUAAAUAUAGCUAACAAUGCUUUACAAGGGUAUAUAACAUAUAAACUUAAUUACAUAUACAUGCAUCAUAUAAUACUUAUCUAUAUAUUUUUUUAACUUCUUAUUCUUUACUAUGCAUAGAAAUCUUGUAAUAAUGCCCAAAUUUUACAUCAUUACGCCUUUGUUUAAGAUGUGUUCGUAUAAGCGCGUACCUGUUUACAAUUAACUGCCUAGCUGUAUAAUUUGACUUGGGUGUUUUUGAACAUAUAGACUAUGCGGUUAGGAUCAUACACGCCAAUAUCUAUUAUUUUAGUAUAUCUACGAGAUUUAGGUAGUAAAGAUAUAGCUUAAAGAGUUGCGAAGAUAAAACUGCUUUGCUAAUGAAAAGGUGACUUUUUGGCAUUUUAGUAAAACUCAGUAUCAUGCCCGUUUUCUCUUAGCCAAGGCAUCCUAGAUCGAAUGCCUACCGAUUGAGGAAAUGUCUAUAGAAAAACAAACGUUACGCCAACUCUUAGGAGAUAAUUAUUGGUGACCGAUUGAUGCGGAAUCUCUUUAGAUUAGGCGUGUCGUAUUUUUUUUAGUUAGAGAAAACGAGCAUCAGUUGUCCUGCAUUCGCAAAAAGAGUUCUACCUAUAUAUUCUCACUCGUUUUAUUCUUGAACUGGAAACGGACAGACAGGACACUACGAGUCAGGAAAGUUAAAUCUAUAUUUACCCUAUCUAGAAUCAAAUAUAUUUGAUUUUAUUUUUAUGUUUGCAAACUUAGCUACAACCAGUGUUCCAAGCCUAAUACUGUUAAAACAAAAAACAAUAAUGCAGAAUUUGCGACUAUCAAAUUGAUAUUGUGGUUCGAUACUC